AUGCCAACUGCAAAUCUUACGCGUGACCGCCCUAGUGACAUGCAGCCUCAAUCUACGGCUGCUGACAACGUGCAUCCACUUGAACGUGUCACAGCAACCACGUCCGAUAGAGAGAUAGAGCACCCUUCUUUGGCAGGCGAGAAUGCAAGAGAUAGAGCUACAACCAUAUCCGAUAGUGAGGCCGAGGCAGAUACCACAGAAGAAGUGUUCAAGGAGCACUUUGACGUGGAGGAUGGGAGCCAAAUCAGCUGCGGGGAGGAGCCGGGGCCUGAUGAGGAUGAGGAGCGUGCAGACAUGGGUCACAGCUCCCAAUCCACCAAUACUGCAACUCAUCCUCUAUCCACCACAACAGCGCAACAAGCGGCCAUGAGAAGCCAACGGCAGAUGGAAAUUAUUAGGGGAAGGCGAAAUGCAAGAGAGGCAGGUGCAAGAGGGCGGGAACGAGCUGGAACACCAGUAGCACGGCUGCCAACGCAAGGGAGCCAAAGUGCGCGUCAGCCAACACCGCAGCAGGGUGUUAAGACAGACAUGGGUCAGGCCAACGACGCCGCAGAGGCCACGGACGUCAACCACGGACGACAAACGGGACUGGGGGGCUUGGGCAAUGCGGAUGCUGAGCGGGUGGACAGUGACACCAUGGAGGAAGGGGCGGCCAUUAUUGUGCGCACGGGCCAGGAUGGACCGAGAAACAAGAGGAGGAAAAAAAUCACAAUAUUCAUCAAGCAAUGGGCACGGUGUUAUGCCCUCAUAUGUCGGUUUGGCAUCUACAGCAGCCAGAUGGUGGAGUCCAUCAACAACGCCAUUAAGAAGAUCCGCAUCUUGCCGGCGUGGCAGAUGCCUCUGCAGCAGAACGUUUUUUACUGCGGCAUCUUCGUCUGCCAGUACAUUCAUGCGCUUGUGGAGGCGUGCUUCGAAGGUGCUGAGAAUGGGGUGCGGUUCAGCAUGAGCCCAUUGGCGUACCGUCGUGGGUUACGGGAUGAUGUGUGCGCUCUUGCAGAGGGUCGGCUGAUCGGCGAGCUCACGGCAGCAGGGCAUGAGAUCCCUUGUGGCAAUGAGAUAAGGAAACCACCUGAGGUCGAUGUGAUUGGUGAUGAGGCGUGGCAGAUGCCUCUACAGCAGAACGUUUUUUACUGCGGCAUCUUCGUCUGCCAGUACAUUCAUGCGCUUGUGGAGGCGUGCUUCGAAGGUGCUGAGAAUGGGGUGCGGUUCAGCAUGAGCCCAUUGGCGUACCGUCGUGGGUUACGGGAUGAUGUGUGCGCUCUUGCAGAGGGUCGGCUGAUCGGCGAGCUCACGGCAGUAGGGCAUGAGAUCCCUUGUGGCAAUGAGAUAAGGAAACCACCUGAGGUCGAUGUGAUUGGUGAUGAGGUGGAGGAUAGGGAGUGGAGAGCAGAGAUGGCAGAACGGAUGCAUCGGCUGGAGGUUCGCAACAAGAGUCAGGCGGUGGCUAUUGCCAAGCUUGAGAGGCAAUUACGGGAGCUUAUGCUAGAUCGUCCUCCGCAUCAUGGUGUUGACUCUGCCGCUGUAGGGGAAGGGCAUGGUGAUGUGGCACCGGACGGUGGACCUGGUGCUCCGGCACCCGUGGUAGUCAUGGGUGGGGACAAUGGUGGCAAACAUGACAGCAUAGGAGGUGCACAUGGUGAGGGUCCUGUGGCUGACGUUGAGACGGAUGCAGUGAAUGUCAGUGUGCGUGAAGGUGGUGUGGAGGGGGAUACACCUGUCGGUGCGAGGAGUGACAAUGGAAAAGCGAGGGUGCAUGAUGCAGGUGCUGGAGGCAUGAUGGGUACUACGGAUGGAAACAGAGGUGCUGGAGAGGCCAUGGGUGCUGGGCAUGGUGUGACAGCAUCGAAUGUGAAUGUGGUGCCUGCACACAGCGCAGGGACUGAGACGACGAGUCGCAACACGACGCGUGGUCGAGCUCUUAGCUCAGGUUACACAGGUAUAAGCAAAUAG